AUGGGUGUAGGAGGCUAUGGCGAGAUCAGUCUGGGGGUCCUCACCGUGCUCUCCUGUCGGGUUCCUGCUACAACUUUUGACGUUGCUGGGGACGCUCUUGCCACAGCAAGUGCCACUGCCUCCAUCUCACAUCUCAGGGUCCUGAAGCAGGAUGUGGCCUUCUCAGGGGUGCGGCUGGGCCACCCGGAUGUUAGGGUUCCUGCUCUGAGCUCAGCCUCACCCUGUUUGCUCAAGGAGGGCCCAGAGCUGGUCAAGACCCUCAGGCCAGAGAGCCUUCUAUUUGUGUCUACCUUGGAUGGAAGUCUCCAUGCCCUGAACAAACAGACAGGGGACUUGGAGUGGACAGUGAAGGACGACCCCAUCAUCCAAGGACCAAUGUUUGUCACAGAAACAGCCUUUCUCUCUGACCCAGCUGAUGGCAGCCUGUACAUCUUGGGAACCCAGAAACAACAGGGGCUGAUGAAGCUGCCAUUCACCAUCCCAGAGCUGGUUCACACCUCCCCCUGCCGCAGCUCGGAUGGGGUCUUCUACACGGGCCGGAAACAGGAUGCCUGGUUUGUGGUGGACCCUGAGUCUGGGGAGACUCAGAUGACACUGACCACAGAAGGCCUUUCUACUCCUCAACUCUACAUUGGCCGGACACAGUACACGGUCUCCAUGCAUGACCCAAGGACCCCAGCCCUGCGCUGGAACACAACCUACCGCUGCUACUCAGCACCCCCCAUGGAUGACUCACCUGGGAAAUACAUGAGCCACCUGACAUCCUGUGGGAUGGGCCUGCUACUCACUGUGGAUCCAGGAAGUGGCACUGUGCUAUGGACCCAGGACCUGGGAGUGCCUGUGAUGGGCAUCUACACUUGGCAUCAGGAUGGCCUGCGCCAGCUGCCCCAUCUUACAUUGGCUCGAGACACCCUACAUUUCCUGGUCCUCCGCUGGGGCCACAUCCGACUCCCUGCCUCCAGCUCCCAAGACACAGUGACCCAGUUCUCUUCCUUAGACACCCAGCUUCUGAUGACACUGUAUGUGGGGAAAGAAGAAGCUGGUUUCUAUGUCUCUAAAGCGCUGGUCCACACUGGGGUGGCUCUUGUGCCCCGUGGACUGACCCUGGCACCCAUGGAUGGUCCCACAACAGAUGAGGUGACACUUCAAGUCUCGGGGGAACAAGAGGGCUCCCCCAGAACCGCUGUGAGAUAUCCCUCAGGCAGCGUGGCCCUCCCCAGCCAAUGGCUACUCAUUGGAUAUCAUGAAAUUCCCCCAGUCCUGCACACCACCAUACUGAGGGUUCAUCCCACCACAGGGAAAAAGUCUGCUGAGACAAGAGCCCCAGGGGACCACCACGCUCCAGCCCUCUUCUCUGAGCUCCUAAACCUGAGGAAGGAGGAACCUUGGGAUCCAAAACUACAUUCUGAAGACUCUUAUCCAGGACUGGGAUCCCAAGACCUGCUGGCAGCUAGCUUCACAGCCAUCCUCCUGGGAGCCUGGGUCCUCUACCUGAUGAGGCAGCAACAGCAGCAGCAGCAGCAGCACCCUUCAGCACCAGCAGACCCUCCUGACUCUUCACAGGAUGCUCAGACACAGCUCUCAAGGACCACCCUGCAGGACCAGAAGAGAUUUCAAAGCCCUCCAGAGCCAUCCCAGCCAUCCCAUGACCCUGAAGCAGAGCAGCCCACCGUUGUGGGGAAGAUUUCCUUCAACCCCAAGGAUGUGCUGGGACGUGGGGCAGGCGGGACUUUUGUUUUCCGAGGACAGUUUGAGGGCCGGGCAGUAGCUGUGAAGAGGCUUCUCCGAGAGUGCUUCAGUUUGGUUCGGCGAGAGGUGCAGCUGCUACAAGAGUCUGACAGGCACCCCAAUGUGCUCCGCUACUUCUGCACUGAGCGUGGUCCCCAAUUCCACUACAUUGCCUUGGAGCUCUGCCAGGCCUCCUUGCAAGAGUAUGUGAAGAACCCAGACCCAGACCGCUGGGGCCUGGAACCUACCAUGGUGCUACAGCAGAUGAUGUCCGGCUUGGCCCACCUACAUUCCUUACACAUAGUACACCGUGACCUGAAGCCAGGCAACAUUCUCAUGGCUGAGCCUGACAGCCAGGGCCAAGGCAGAGUGGUCAUCUCUGACUUUGGCCUCUGCAAGAAGCUACCUGCAGGCCGUUGUAGCUUCAGUCUCCGUUCUGGCAUUCCAGGCACAGAGGGCUGGAUGGCUCCAGAGCUCCUGCAGCAGCCCCCAGACAGCCCUACCAGCGCUGUGGAUAUCUUCUCUGCAGGCUGCGUGUUUUACUACGUGCUUUCUGGUGGCAGCCACCCCUUUGGAGAGAGUCUCUACCGCCAGGCCAACAUCCUCUCGGGGGAUCACUGUCUGGCUCAGCUGGAGGAAGAGACCCAUGACAAGGUUGUGGCGUUGGACUUGGUGAAAGCCAUGCUGAGCCUGCUGCCCCAGGAUCGCCCCUCAGCAGGAGAGGUCCUGGCCCACCCCCUCUUUUGGAGCAGAGCCAAGCAGCUCCAGUUCCUCCAGGAUGUCAGCGACUGGUUGGAGAAGGAACCAGAGCAGGGGCCUCUCGUGAUGGCGCUGGAGGCAGGAAGUCACAAGGUGGUCCGGGAAAACUGGCACAAGCAUAUCUCGGCACCACUGCAGGCAGAUCUGAAAAGGUUCCGGUCAUACAAGGGGACGUCAGUGCGAGACCUGCUCCGUGCCAUGAGGAACAAGAAGCAUCACUACAGGGAGCUCCCAACUGAGGUGCGCCAGGCACUAGGUCAACUCCCUGCUGGCUUCAUCCAAUACUUCACGCACCGUUUCCCGAAGCUGCUGCUCCACACUCACCACACCAUGAGGACCUGCGCUUCUGAGAGCCUCUUCUUGCCUUACUAUCCACCAGCUCUGGAUGCCAGGAGGCCCUGCCAGAUCCCACAGAUAGCUGAGAUAGCCAGGGGCCCCAACAGCAGACCAAGGAGUUGACCCUGUGGCCUCAGGAAUGUCAGAGAAGAUGGAUACCCAUUUAGCAUCCUGAGACUAUUGGAGCAGAGAUCAAGGAACCACCCUUAAGAAAUACAGG